GGGCCGAGACCACAGCCAUGGAAGGAGACAGCGCGGGCUUUCCGAAGGAGCUGGUGAGCAGACUGCUGCACCUGCACUUCAAGGACAGUAAGACCAAAGUCAGUGGGGAUGCUCUGCAGCUCCUGGCGGAGCUGCUCAAGAUCUUUGUCAUGGAAGCAGCUGUCCGUGGGAUCCGGCAGGCCCAGGCCGAGGAUGCGGCCCUUGUGGAUGUGGACCAGCUGGAGAAGGUGCUCCCUCAGCUGCUCCUGGACUUCUAAGGGCACCACCUCUGAACCACUUGUGGCCUGCAGGCCAUCGGACUAUAUUCUCCAGCCCCAGGGUGCCAGCACCCCAGCACCCACUGACCAUGACGCAGCCUGUGUUUUACAAAUAAACCAGCUGAUGGCAGCACUGCUUUCUUGCUAUCUAACAUCAAAGAGGACGUGCAGCCUUUCUACCACCUGAUCUGCCCCUCAGAGCAUAGCUCUCGGAGCUAUAAAUUUGUUCUUACAAAACACCAGUAAAGCACCAUCUCUCCCA